UCAUUUGUUCUUAUCUUCCCACACCGACAGUAAAAAGUUGCUGAGUGCACAGCUUGCAUUUUCCAAUUUCCUUCACCUUCAUAAUUUUGAUUCCUGUGCAAAGUGUGUAUUUGGAUUCAAAGAAACUUAAAAACAAGAAGUUCAAUUAGAAACCUUUAUUAAAAAAAAAUUUGUUGCUAGCUUCUUGACGAAAAUAUCUCAAAAAUUAAAAUGCCACCCAAGAAAAAGACAAAUGGUUUCAUGGUUUUCACAUUUGAAUGGAAGGAAAAAUACGGAAGACACAUGAGCCUUUCUCAAGCAACGACAGAAGCAGGCAAAAUCUGGGCUACUAUGACACCACAAGAACGUGGCCCAUACAAUGAGAAAUCGAAGAACGACAGAAUAUCGGCCAAGAAUGCAAAUGACAAAUUAACUUGCACUGGAGUCCCACUCCAGCAGAUCGAAAAGGCAAAGCUAGAGGAAGAACAGAAUAUACGAUCAAUGAAGAAAAACAUUGACAAAAUUGUUCGCGAUAGUUUGAAAAGAAAUGAACUGGCGGAUCAAAAGUACUACUUUAUAAUGGUAAACUAUUUUACGAAGACCCUGCAAGGCGGCGUAUAUCUACCAGCUGAGGUUUCCGUUUGCCAAUUUUCACUUAAGGAUGGUAUUUGCCGCAAGUUUCAUUCAUUUGUUAACCCGGGUGUUACUAUUUAUGGGCACAGUUAUGAAGCACAACAACAUUCUGACACUACUCAUCAAUUGCCAUUGCCACCAAAUGCAAUGGGGGAGCAACAAUUAGGAAAGCUUUAUAAUUUAAUUUUACAUUUUAUAAGACCAGAUGAUGGUGGAGAAUAUCCACCUGUUUUUACUAAUGUGGAAAGCAUGCAGAUUGUUGAGUCUGCAAUGAAUUUUAUAAAGGCCGAUGCUGGAGCAAAUAAUGUGGAUUUAAAGAUUUAUUCCAUUCAGUAUCUUUUUUUUACACUCAAAGAGGCAACAUGUGAAGUUGGAGAAGUCGAAAAGCCGGCUUCAAUUUUUGUAACAGAUGCAUAUUUUGAUCGUGAUAUUUUUGAAUACAUGGUUGGCAUUGCUUGUGAUUUUCACGAAAAAAAUGACAAAAGUAACUAUUGCACACUAUCGUGUGUUACUCGUUGGUGCUACAUGUUUUCCGAGUAUAUGGCGCCGGACUUAGCCAUUAAGUGUAUUCCUGGUCGCCAUCUUCCAUCAAACACAAGGAUAGAAUCAUCCGUAGCAGCAUUUAGCGACACCGAAUCGUUUGUUUCAAUGGGCAGUGAAUCGACUUAUGCUACAAAAGCUUUGUCUGAACAUAGGACCUACUAUGACGAUCAAAAGUCAACUGUUUCUAGUCGCGGUGCCAAGUUCAAUAAUUAUGAUUUCCCCGAUUUGACAGGACGGCCCCGCAAAAAACCACAAUCACAACAACAACUUCAUGACUAUAGCUCCUACAUGGAUAAAGGUGAUGAUUCAGUGGUGAAUCACUGGGCAGACCGGUCACGGCGAGUACCACCUCAGCCUGACAAAUCCGAAUUUAAAAUUGAUGUCUCAGAAAAUAAGAGUAGAUUUACGGAUCUGAACGAUACGGACACAGAAAGCACAAUAAGUUUAGGCAGAGGGCGUAUAAAAACUAGCUUCGGAAGAGGAAACUCAUUUUCCAAAUAAGAUAUUAAAUCAAAAACCGAAGUCAAAAACCUAAAUGUUGUGACAUAAUCUCCUGGAGUUUCUUUUUUUUUUUACUAUUUCGUACAACAUUUCAAAUGAAUUAUUUUUCUUUUAAAUAAAAGUAAGAUCUAUACAAAUUUCUCUCUCACAUAAUGGAGUUGUUUAGCAAAUGUUUUAAAAUCAAGUACAAGUUGAUGAUAAAAUACGGAGAAUGUGAUAGACUUUUUGGGCCAAAGUUCAAAACUUAUGUUCAUCAAAACAGUGCUUAUUUUCCCUUAAAAUUAAAAUGUGUGUUAUGUAUGUUUGAACUUACAAUAAAAUAAAUUUAAAACUA